CACAUCUUAUCACUCGGUUCAAACUUCAAAUGAAAAACAAUUAAGAUCAAUUAAUCCUAUAUAUCACAGAUAUAAAACUAAGGUAAAGAAAGAUACAAAGCAUAUAACGAAUAUGAACACGAUUCUCCCUUGAAAAGGAAAAUACAAUUCGAACCUCACGCUUCAUUCCCGCCUGUGGCUCCAUUAUUGGCGCACCACCACACCAACCAAAUAUGGCAGGUCCCAACGUUAUCGCAUUCACAACUUCCUAGAUACCGGGCUUGGUACGCCAUACUUCCACUUGCAUAUCUGCUAUCAAUUCCUUUUACUAGUGAAUCAUUAACCUACUAGAAGUUCGUUCCCAAAUGUCGGGCUUGGUAUUCCGGCAUUUGGUCCGUGGAAUCUCAAGUGGCUUUUGUUAGCGAUGCUGAGCUGUACAUCUAUUCUCAACCUUCCUAAUUCCCCCAUUUUUGUCAAUGAAAGAUAGAAUGUUCAAGUACAGGUUGAGCUUCUCGAUGGAGAAGGUAGUGUGCAUAUAUAUAAAGCCAAGGUGGCCAAGCUUGCCAAGCGGUUUGCAAUCUUGAAGUAGGUAUUUGUGACCAAAUGGGAGACUGUCUCUGCAAAACUUUUCAUUUACAUAUCUAUUUGUGACAAGCGUGGGAGGCCGGUAUCUGGAGCGCUGUGAGGGUGUGAGGGGAAUAGUGAAUCUGGAAGCCACGAUAUGUUCACACAUAUAUAUAUGAACAUCAUGAGUCGCCAGACCUUCUGAUCAGUUCCUACUCAUCAACCGGCACCAUGAAAUUCACAACUUUGUAUUAUAUUGGAAUUAUCGCCCCAAUCUUUUCACAAGCAUGUCUUCUCCCCGAAGAACGAGAAGGCAAACCACGAAUUGUGCGUCGACAAACUAGUAACGGAGUUGCCAUCGGAACCGGUGAUCGAUAUAGUGCUGGUACCAUUGCACCACGUGGUGUAGGUUCCCAAACAACUACAUUCACCACGCUUUUAAAUGUCAAUGAGAUUGCAAGUGGUAUUAAGGGUCUCGCGAGUGUUUAUGGUAUCACCACUUUCAAUACACCUUAUAAGACUUACAAUGGUGCUUCGAUCACUGGUGCCAAGGUUGGUGGUAACGGAACGUGUAAUGAUGCCGUUCGCGUGUAUUUGAAUGCAGCCAUUCAUGCGAGAGAGCGAGGUGCCUCAGACGGAUUGUUGUUCUUCAUCGGAGAUCUUUUGUAUGCGAACAAAAAUGGUCUGGGAUUGAAAUAUGGCUCGAAAUCUUAUACCAAUGCUCAGGUGAAGACAGCGCUCUCAACUGGAAUUGUCUUUAUUCCUCUCAGUAAUCCAGAUGGUGUAGCUUAUGAUCAAUCUACCAAUAGCUGCUGGCGCAAGAACCGAAAUCCAAAGUCGGGAACUGGAUCUUCGACUGGUGUGGAUCUGAAUCGAAAUUUUGACUUUGUAUGGGAUUUGACAAAAUGGGCAUCGAGUGUUCGAUCUGAGGUAGCAUCAAGCAGUCCUUCAUCUGAGGUAUUCCACGGUACGUACAAUUACCCACAUCCUCUACUUUUUCUUACCAUAUGACCAUUUCCACUAAAUCCCCCUCUAGGCACCGCCGCCUUCUCCGAACCCGAAACCCAAAGCAUAAAGUGGGUAAUGGACACCUACAGCAAAGUCCGCUGGUUCGUCGACCUCCACUCCUACGCCGGCGACGUCCUCUACUCCUGGGGAAGCGAUACAAACCAAGCCUCAUACCCUGGCAUGAAUUUCCUCAACACAACCUACAACUCCGUGCGGGGCAUUUUAUCCGAUACACCGGGUUCAGGAAGCGGCUACGGGGAAUACACGCCCACAUCUGAAAACACAGCCAACAAAGCGGCAGCUAGUAAAAUCGGUUCUGGAAUGAGCGGUGCAGCAGGAAGAAGUUAUUCCGUUUUCCCAGCAUCGAAUCUUUAUCCUACUAGCGGAGCUAGUGAUGAUUAUUCUUAUUCGAGACAUUUUGCAGAUCCUUCUAAAAAUCUUAUUCAUGGUUAUACGAUUGAAUUUGGGUUUGGGAAUUCGGCUUCUAGUUGUCCGUUUUAUCCGACGCAGACGCAGCAUAAUUAUAAUUUGCAGGAGAUUGGCGCGGGGUAUAUGGAGUUGUUGCUUGCGGCUGUGGAUUUGGGGGUGGGGGAUGCGGUGGGUUGUUAGGAGUGUUGUGGUGAGGAGAGAGAGUAUUGGAUUGGAUUGGGUUGGGGUUAGGGUAUAGGAUUCGGCUUUAGGGUUAAAGAUUGAUGGGUCUAUGUAGAUAGAUGCGUACAAGUGGGAUAUGAUUGGCUAUGCUAUGCUAUGGUUGUAGUGUAGCUGAUUGAUAUGAGAAUAAAAAGUUUACUUGUAUUAAGCCUC